CACAAAUCACAUCGCAUUUGCAAUAGUUGACAAGCUGCUUACCUUAUGGACAAAGUCGUUUACACGGAUAGUUUGAAGCUUGUUCUGGUUGAGAAAUGGAUAAACGCUUCAUUAUACUGUCCUAUGUGUGCUUCGCAUCGAGUGUAGUCGCCGCUUCAUACCGAAGAUAUAACUUAACGGACAAGGAUAUCCGCCUUGUUGGUGGUUACAGCGAUUUGGAAGGACGAGUUGAAAUUAGAAAACAUGGCGUCUGGGGAACCGUGUGUUCAUAUGGUUUUGGUGUGAACGCCGCCAAUGUGCUCUGUAGAAUGCUGCACAAAGACCUGCGUUCUCUAGAAUACUACAUCGACGGGCGAUAUGGUGAUGGACGGGGACCUAUAUUUUAUACUUAUCUGAUAUGCUCGGGUUCAGAAGAAUCGAUAUACAACUGUUCCCAAUACAGUUCGUCGUCAUGCACACACUCCAAUGAUAUUGGCUUAAUGUGCGUCGGUUGUCCAAAUGCAACACUCGAAACACCCCAUGGCCUGCUUGAGCAUGUGAACAUAACCAACUUCGGUGAUGUGUACAGUGGUCCGUGUAUGAGAGGAUUAUCUAAACAAGAGUUCAUGUUUACAUGCACCCCAUUAGGUGGAUGGAUUGAACAUAUUAACGACUGCACAAAUAACGAUAUACGUGACAUUCGCCUGACUGGUAAAAGUGACUACUACAUGGAGGGGUUUGUAGAGGCGUUGAUAGGUGACACAUGGCUUCCACUAUGUGGUACAACCAUCGUCAACAGGCAAACAUAUUAUAUUUCAUCUACACAGACAGACGUUCUCUGUUCGAAGUUUGGAAUGACCUCCAAAACAUAUAGUGGCAGCAUGAAAACACUUCAAAGUCCAGGUGUUAUCCUAUCGAAAUGUUUUGGAAAUGAGACAAACGUCAAUCAUUGUAGACAUUUUAUAGGACAUGUAUGUCAGUAUCAGACGUGGAUCGCAUGCAAAGUUUCGAAUCAAUAA